UGCUGUGCAAAUCUCUACUUUUGUGAGAGCUUCGUUUGAGAUAACUCCACUGCAGUCACAGUCACUCCAACUCCAGUGCUCUUUCCUCGCGCUGCUGCGGCUGUAGUACUGUACCUGCGAAUGUGAUAAGGAGUGGCCAAUCAUCAUGCAGCUUGUCUGGUAGGAAUAUGAGUUGGUGUGAAACCGCUCGCGCUGGCACUGCAAGGGCAUGUGUGCACUCGCAACUGUAGAGGUCCCCGGUUUUCAGCCGGCUGUGCGCAUAGCUAUUGCACCCGCUUUGUAUCCUGUCGAAUGAAGAGAGAGAGUGAGGGAGCAUAAUUAUGGAUCCUGCAAGAACGCAGUCCUGUAUUCUCGGUUAGGUGUAGUGGACCUCUAAUUCAUUUACCGGGUGUUCUGUGAGAAAUAAUGAAAAGGUGCUGCUAUAUUUGUGAAUGAGCACAAGGACAUUGGGAGAACGUGUGUGACAACCUGUGUAGCCUACCUAUAUAGAUAGAUUGCCCCACUAACUUCAAUUGCUCUAUUCCGAUUUUUAAAUUUUUUAACAUUUUUAGAUUUGAGGGCACAGGUAUAUGAUUUAAACUCAUUUAGGGAAGCAAGAAGACGUCGUUUUCUGCUCGUUUGUGUGGAAUUUUUUGUUCCAGCUGAGAGUCUGUGGAAUUUUCGUUCCAGAUGAGAGUCGUGAUGUCUGGCUUAUUUCACACAUUGUUUCUGGUUCUGCUGGGUGUGUUGACGGUGUGUGCCCAGACAGAGAUGAAGAGGGUUGUCGGUGACAAUGCUACACUGCCCUGUCACCACCAGUUCUGGGCAGGCGACGCCCCCACGCUGGACAUCGAGUGGCUCCUCCUCAAGCCCAGCUCCAAGCAGAGAGUGGUGAUCACCUACUUUGCGGGCCGGGUGUACGACCCCAACGAGGCGGAGGCAGGCCGACUGUCCUUAGCCGGGGACUACCUCAAGGGGGACGCCUCCCUACUGAUCAGUGACCUCACCCUGAGCGACUCGGGUGAGUACAGCUGCAAGGUGAAGAACGGGGGGAAGUACCAUUGGAUCACGGUCAACCUCAUAGUACUGGUGAAGCCCUCUAAGCCACGAUGUUGGAUGGAAGGCCGGCUGUUAGAGGGUAGUGAUGUUAAGAUGAGCUGUAAGUCUGCAGACGGCUCUGACCCCAUCAACUACAAAUGGGAGAGGGUGCUGGACAAGGGAAAGUAUGUAGGGAAGCUGCCCCCACUUGCCCUCAUAGAUUUGAAGAACUCGGAGAUAGUGACACUGAGGAACCUGACCAAGGAGAGUACUGGGGUGUAUAAAUGUACCGCCAGCAACGAUGUGGGAGAGGAGAGUUGCACCGUAGAGGUCAAGAUACACUAUGUGCGGGGCAUGGGUGUGGUGGCAGGUGCCGUGGUGGGUGUGUCCUUCGGCGUCCUCCUCAUCAUCCUCAUCAUCUGGCUGGUGUUCCGCAAGAAGGAGAAGAAGAAAUACGAGGAGGAGGAGACCCCUAACGAGAUCAGGGAGGAUGCUGAGGCUCCCAAGGCCAAACUGGUAAAGCCCAACUCUCUCUCCUCGUCCCACUCUGGCAGCUCCCGCUCAGGCACCUCCUCCACUCAAUCCAUGGUUCACAGCAGCGCUCCCCGGGGGCCGCACGCCCGCCUGCCCGCCGUGGCCACCCUUAAGGAGAACGGCCAGCCCCCCAGCUUCCUCCAACAGCCCCCCGCCUACACACAAGUGGUUCCCAAAACCCCAGAGCCCCGCACGGCCCCGGCCAAGCCCAGCCCUCCCCCCAAACUGGGCCCCAGGAACCUGGCCCGCAUGGGGGCCACGCCGGUCAUGAUCCCUGCCCAGACCAAGGCCUUCCAGACUGUGUAGAGGGAAGGGAGGGACAAAGGAGUGGACUUAGACAGACAGAAACAAGAAGCACCCGUACACAGCUGACAGCAACCCCCAGCCUGCCCCCAGAGACCCUGUGAAAAUCAGCUAUACCAUAAAGUAAAACUCCCUGUUACUCAUAGCUCAUAGUCGCCAUCUAAAAGUAUAAUUGAGAGCAUUCUUAUGAAGGCAAGAUUUUCUUAAGAAGAGCCCCCCCCUCUCCUGUACAAGCAAUACAGAGCCACAUCUCACGUUCAUAUUCCCUUCCUGUGACGACAGAACUUUCGUUGUAUUUUUGUCUGAUUUUGCUAACGCGGGCAGUGAUGUGUAUCAUACUCUGAGGUGGCAGGAACAGGGGGAGGACGAUUUUAGUAGAUUUUAGGUCUUUUUAAACCGAAUUGACAGAGUUAUGAAAGUGGGAGGAUUAUGGACAGAGGGAGGGCAUUAGAGCAAACAGAGGACUAGCAAAGAACAAACAAAGGAGAAACACAGGCUGCAUAGCUCCCCAGAGAACAGGCCAGGGUGUCUGGGUGUCUCACGCCACCUGCUUCCGACCAGAUCAAACGAGACAAAAUAAAAAAUAAAAAACAGACAGGGAAAGUAAACAGCUCUCCAAACACCUGUUUUCCCGGGCUUGCCUAGGCACCACCCCUGCCAAACUCUCAGACCGAGCCACACCGAGCAAUCAACAUCUCUGAGGCUGCUUUGGUGGCAAUCCACACCUCCAUGUAUCCCUGGAUUCCCACCAAGGCCAGCAGGCAUGGUGAUUGGCUCAGAGGAGGGAGGGAAGCGCCAAUCGAUCGCCAAACCAAUGAGAGUGGAUGAAAGUCUGCUGCUGAUGCCAGAGUGAUGGUUUCCUGUAACUGUACAAAGAUGAUAUAGCUUAAGUAAAAGUAAGUAAGUAAGAGACUCCACAUAGACACGUCACCUGUCACCCUAUAUACCUGUACACGGGUCACCAACAUGAACAUAUCUGUAUUGAUUUCCCCUGCUUCCGUUUUCUGUAUAUCCAGCACUAUGCACUUAACAAGUCUGGACAUAUGUAGCGUUAUCUUCCCAUGUUCAUGAACAGUGUCAUAUAAACCCAUAGGAAUAUAUGACAUAUAAUCAAUCCCCUAUGGUCAUCAUAAGGGGUUAUUCAUGGCUGUGAUAUGUAUUGCUGUGGAGAAUAGUUUAUUUCAUUUAUCUCAGAUUCCUCAGAAUGUUUAAGGAUUGUUAAUAAAUGGAUGCGCAUAAGCCCUAUCGAUAAAGUGCCACUGUCGAUGUUUGAUGAAAUGUGUUUUUUUUUGUUUGUGUUGUGUAAAUAGCAUGUCCGUUAAUCCGGUUGAAUGAACAAACUAAUGAAUGUGUUGAUAUAUCUUGCAGUAUAUAAAGUCAUUGGAUCAAUCCUUCUUAUUUUUCAAUGAAGAGCAGAGGUUUGCAGUAAUAAGUUGAAUCCCCUGCAGUUGCAACUGUGUAUGGAGCUGAAAACAUGAUAUAUAUGUUCUGUAUUAUUGGAAAAUGAACAAAGGGCCAUUACACAUCAUGAUAUAUGUGUUGAUUCAGCACCUUGUAAUUAUAGAAGAACGGUAUUUAUGAUCCUGAAGAGUGCCUUUUUUAAUUGAAUACAUUACAGAAAAGUAUUAUUCACAAAACAUUAAGGAAUACAGCUUCACCGUUUUGAAUGGUUAACCCUACGGUACGGUACAUCUGAGAUUUGAUUCUAUUCAAGCUGAUGAGGAAUGAAAAGGACAAUUGCUUUGAGUGAUUUUCUUGAGCCAUGUAGUCAUACUAGUUUCAGCCAAACUCAAAUCAUUCUAUCAAAGUCUCUUCAUGGUGGCCAAACACAGAAUUUAAACUCAAACUCAAUAAAAUGUCCCGGCUGAAAGUUGGAUUAUGCCCUAUCCUUCUCUCUGAUUUAAUUGUCAACUUUUGCCUGAGCUCUCCUCAGAUCCAAAGGCGUCACUUUUGCAUAGCAAUAUUCUUGUCUGCCAGCACGUUGGUCCUUCAGCAUUAUGACUGCUUCCUCCCAGAUAGACAGACACCCCUUAUUUUGGUUCCCUCGCAAUACAGUUCAUGUGAUGGAUGAGAUGUCAGGAGGUAUUUGAAUUGAAUGAUGCUGUGGCGCCCUCCAGGAUAAACCAGCACACUCAUCUUAGAUCACCCAGGAGGGAGCGGGCUCUACUCACCCCACAGUGCAGAGGGCAUAAGAGUGCACUCACCCUUUGGCCUCUGAAAUGGUUGGAUCCAGGACAGGGGUACUCAGGAGUCUACACUCCUUGAAAAUACAUUACAAGUUAACCUGGCUUUGGUUCAUGCCUGGUUGAAAUCCACCAGAUUCACCUUUAGUAUUAUUAUUCUUCUUUAUAACGUCACUCCAGUAGGGAAGGUGAAAUGAUCUCCUGAAUCGUGGGCAGUUCCAAGAGCGAAAAGAAAUCAGCAACUUUGUCUCAGUGAGUCUCUUGAGUACUUCUAGCUUGCCCAGUGCUGUUUAAAAAGCUCAUUUAAACCAGGAGACGGAUGAGUGGCAAGAUGAGAGGAUGACACGUGAGUGAGAGCUCCUUAUUAGUGAUUACCCAUCACAACCCUCUUCGAAUUUCCCAUAAUACUGCUGAAAGCCAAUAUAGAGAGGCCUAUUGGCUGAUUGAAUGCAGCUUUUAUGGCCGUUUGAUGGGGUGUGAUACGUACCGGGAAUGAUUUUCCAGUUAUCCGGGUGGCUCUUUACCUGGUUUCCUAGCUACCUUUCGCUGCCCAUCUGAUUCAGCCGUGGCGGAGCGCUCUGCGUCCUGAAUCAUUAAGAUUUCCACCCUUUUUCAUUGGAACAUCUUUCAUGGCAGACAGGAGGAAUGGAAAGACUGUCUGCUCCAAACCAUGCUGGGAAUUGGAAUAACGUGAACCACAGGCAUUACAUUGCCUUUUCACCACGUGCCGACUCCCAAAGGACAUUACCCUCGUUUAGCUAGUACAAAACGUGCAUCUUGAUGUCAUUCAUUGGUGUCUGUCUCCUCUGAAGACCUCCACUAUCGGUUGAGUGAUGGGACAUCUCUGUUAGAAACCAACCACUGUAACGUUAAAGGGAGAAAGAACCCAUCCAAAGCUGAAAAACGAUGGAUAUGCAUGUCACUGAUACUUAACUAGAGAAAGAACAAAACGGUAUUUUUGCCUCAAUAAAUAUAUAAAUAAUCAUUUUAAAACAAAUACUAUGACUGUAAAUAAGGAAGGUUUUUAUCAUUUUUUUUAUUUCUUUGUUUGGGUUAAGUAUUCAAUCUGAAGUACUUUGCACUUUCUUAAUGUCCCCUCUGUUUGUGUUUUACUUGCAUUAAGUCCUUUUAACACACCGACACUGUUAGAAGGACAACAUGUUUUCUCUCACUCUAUUUUCUUUAAUUGACAAUGCCAUGCAGUUACUUUGAGUUGUGGUAAACCAAAAAGGCCAUAUAUAUAUACCUCCCUCUCGAGUGAAAAUGGUAUAUUUGUACAAUAUCUGAAUAAGUACUGUUUUGGUUUGUAAUAAAGCAUUUGAUGAAGAGCCA